CACACACCAACACAACAUUGCUUUGAUAAUGAAUGUGAUGUGAUAAGUAAUAAGUGCAUCCGAUUACGUCCAAAAAUUCUAUUUUUCAAUAGAGUUUCACCUUGCAAUCAUCAUCCCCUCAUGCCUAAUGUAUUUCCUGAAUAUUUUUCUAAAAUAUCGUUGUGAAGUACAAGGAUGGCAUGACUCUAACUAUUUCAAGACUGUUUACGAAAAAUAAUCCUAAAAGUCUAGUUUGAACGAACGACAUAACGAAUCUCUGUGUUACCAUUAUAAUAGUCAGCAUGAGUUCAAUUCCAAAACCAACCCGGUAUUUAAACUAUGCACCAAACAAUCAAAACUGUCAGGAUGGUCAAAGUGACAGUGAAACAGACCUGUCAACAUCCACAGAAAAUUUAAGCCAUGAUGAACGAUACUCAAUGCGGAAUAUGCCCCGCCAGGAGCCGCAAGGUCAAGAGACUCGAGGAAGUCAGGACUCAACAUACAAUACUCUUAUCAUACAUGAUGAAUCUAGGAUACCAACGCGAAAAGUACAAGGUAUGAACAGCAGCAACUAUAAAAAUCACUUGCAGAAGGAACAGAAAUGCGUAGCUGUUCAAAGCGUGAGAGAAAUUAACAAUAUUCCAGAUGACUACUUAAGCCAAUCCCAGGUCCUAAAGCAUUUAGCCAAAGAAGUAAAGGGGUCGGAAGAUAAGAGCACAGGAUGGAGAAAUGAAUCUCGAAUGUCGAUGCGACAUCUGUCCAAAUCUCAGCCUGACUUAUCUCGUCUGAGUAACCUUCAAUACUAUAACUUUCAAAAUACAAUGGGUGACUCAGUGAAAGAGCAACGGUGUAUGCAGAUGGUUGACCUUGUUCUUCAAGAAAAUAAUAAUCUGAAACUUGAACUGGAGCAUUGUUACCAAAGAGUAAAAAAGUCCUUGAAGCUUGAAGAAGAGAUUGCAAAGGUGCACCGAGGACAUGAAGAACUAGUCGCCUCCUGUGAAAGGAGAGAGAAGCUUGAGCGUGCAGCUCGAACUAGACUCCAAGCUGAAGUUAGGCGUUUACAGGAUGCCAAUCGAGCACUGAGAGAACAAGCUGAAGUACUCAGUUCUCAUGCUCAUUCCUCUCAGUUUGUAGAUGUGUCUGAAAUUACCAAAAGAGAAGCCAUAAUUGCUCAGCUAAUUGCGCAAAACAAAGAACUUGGAGCAGCCAAAGAGAGACAAGAAAUUGAACUUGCAGCUCAACGAGCAACUCUAGAAGAACAGCGAACCCACAUUGACAUCCUGGACACAGCCCUGACAAAUGCGCAAGGAAACGUUGUUCGAUUGGAAGAAGAAUGUCGCAAGAAACAAAUCCAUGUAGAAAGAGUUGCUCAACUUCAGCGUGCUCUCUCAUCUCUUCAGUUAGCAAGUGAUCGAAGAGAACAAACUGAACGAAAACUGAGGCUGCAGCUUGAGCAAGAACUUAGAAAUGAAAGAGCAAGGAACACUCAAAAUACAUCUGGACUGGGUGUUGAGUUCGAACCUGGGGAAAGCUUGCCAGAAUUGAAACGGCGACUCCGGGAAAAAGAUGAAAAAAUCAUGAGGCUUGAGGGAGAGGUCUCAAAGUGGGAACAGCGCUAUUUAGAGGAGAGUGAGCUAAGACAAGCUGCCAUUGAUGCAGCCAGUAUUCCCAAAGAUGCCAAGAUAGCAGCAUUGGAAAAAACUAGUCAAGAAAGUGAGAAGUUGAUUGCAGAAGCUAGGUCUGACAAAAUUAGGCAGAUGGAUGAGGUGCAUGCUGCUCAGAAAAAAGUCACAGAACUUGAAUCAAGAAUGAAGGAACUAGAAUCUAAGUUAGCUGAAAGAGAUGCCAUGAUCCGCGUCUUACAGAAGAAACACACAAUUGACAAAGAAGUUGUUUCUGGCUCCUACCCCAGCAUCUCAUUGAGUCAUCACACUCAGCACUCGAGUCUAAAUACUUCUGAUUUGUCCAAUGUUCUAACAGCUGAUGAUCUGGGUCCCGUUUCUACCGGAGUAUUCUCAACAGUCUCCAGUGUUCUGACAAGUUCAACUGGUUUUGAUUCAAGCACUUCUUACACAGGAAGCGUUGAUAGUGCCUUCCAUCAUCGAAGGGAUAAAUACUCUUCAGCAAAUCAGAGUUUUGACUUCAAGUCAGUUGAUGAUCAACUGAAAGAACUUGACUCCCAGAUUCUUAGCAAGAGAGGUCUUUGCUGUUUUCCAGGCUUCUCUCAUCCAGGCACUUCGUCGCGAAAAGGAAAAAUAUCCCAACCACUAUUAUCAGGUGUAGGCCCAAGCAGUUUACCUUUGUUUGAAGCUGGUGGUUUUCUAAAAGGUCUAGUCAGUGGUGGAAGUAACCGCGAAGAUGACAUGGUUCUCCUUGAAAAGCAAGGACUCUGCUCACAACAGCAGCGUCAGCCCGAACAAACUCGAGGCAGUAGUUUGCCUCCGUCUUCGCUACCGCGACCACGACGACAUCGUAAUGCUGGAGGUGGUCGUCUCGGUGAGUAUGGUCGAUUGAGCGACAGUGAAAGCAGUGUGCGGAAACUCAGCAGUGAUAGUACUGAUUUGAAAUCAAGAGAAUCUCCUCGUAAACUAGGAGAAUAUGGUAGAUUAAGCAAUAAAACAUCUAGCAUGGAGUCAAACGUAGAAGUCAAUUCUCAAAUAUCAUCCAAAAAGCUCCAAGAGUUUAAUAGAUUGAGUGACAGAAGUCGCAAAACAUCUGCCAACUCCAGUGCUGAUACAACUUGUGAUCACUCGAGUUCAUCCAACCGUGAGUCUCCUGCUCGUAAAUACCCAUCUUACCAGUAUUCAGACCGAAAAACAUUCAAUGAUGAGAAUGCUGGAGUAAUCAAACCCCGAGACUCACCUGGAAGAUCAUUGAUUGUUAAGUUGGGUGAUUAUAAUCGAUUCAGUGACUCACGAAAGUCAUCAGUCAAUUCAAGUCCAAGCGAGGUUUCAAACAUGAAAGCACGUGACUCACCUGUUAGGUGUUUCAUUCCUCCACCAAGGAAACUGUCCGACUAUGGAUGCUUUGCUUCUCGUUCAGAUGUGAAGCAUAGCCCCAACAACGACUCAAAACUCCCGAUCUUUUCUCCGACCAAUGCAAUGAAGAACAGAAGAGGCUCAUUGCAACAUAGUUCUCCUAAAACUAAUCUUAAUGAUGAGGGAGUUCGAUCUCUUCCUACACCAAAUAAGUAUCGUAUACAGUUCUGAGUUCCUAAUUUUAGUUUGUACUUUUACCUUCUAAUGAGUCAGUUGAGCUGAGGAGGAAUUGGCCUGCAAAUAGUCGAUUUCCACAGUUUUUAGCUUGAGUAAAACGGAUGUGCAUGGUAAAAUUGCUUGAAAAAUCAUCCCUGCUCUCAGAUGUAAUGAUUCUUUUUGCAUGUUCCUCUGAAACAUGGUUGAGCCGUCCUAUGUUACUGCCAUCUAAAUUUGAACUUACGCAUCAUAGGUGGGGAAAUGGUUACAGCAACGCUUUCUUUCCAAGUACAACCUUGCUGCUGUUUGAAUGGUUGUUGAAGUAUUGUUAAAAGUUAGGUCAGUUCUGUGGUGUUGCAGUAACGAUAGAGCAUUCUGAAAGAAAGGAUCUUUGCGAAUGCAGCAAUGGGAAAAUCCUAUAAGUUCGUUACAUGUCAGCUGAACUUGUCAAAAUCGCACGGCCUAGCCUUUAACCUCUGGCUAAUCAACAACACAUAAUGACGCAAUGAUGCUUCCGCUCAUUCUUCUGCUACAGAUUCUGUUGUCAUAUUGAUCGAGAUGUGAUUCAAAAGUAAUGAGCACACAGUUCAAACCCUAUUUUCAGUCACCCUGUUUUAUGGCCUUUUUGCGUGAACUCUUUUUCCGGUUACUGUUAUCGAAAAACAUCCGGAGUAAACAGUAAGCUUAGUUCGCUUAAUACUUUUGAAAGACACGGUAAAAAAGUAUGACUCAACUGACUCAUUUGACUCAUGUUUUAGUAGAAUGUAUGGUUCGAGGUUAUCCAUUUUGAAGGCAACAAAUCCUAGUUUUUUUGUGCUUGCCAAAGAAGCAAAGCGCAUUUUUUUUUUCCCUUUUAUUUUUCACUCUAACUGCUAGAGAACAGAACAGAAUGCUUAAAAUUUCUUCAUGAAGAGAAACAGAGUGCUAAAUCUUCCUAUCUUUAUUGAAACUUUUAAAACAUUUUUUUAAAAAAAUGUUUAAAUAUGAGUAAAAUGAGGAAAAGUGAAAAAAGAAAGAAUAUUAAUUUUAGUCUUUAUCUGAGUCUCAACUCUCACAAAUUUACCUCAGUCCUUAAUGAGAGAGAGGUCUGGAAUUUGAGUGCAUGGGCGCUUGAGUUUUUAAAUUGUUCUCUUUUUUCCAUAUUAUUGUUUCUACAUGCUUGAAGCGUAAGCUCAGAGAAAAUGAGAUAAUUUUAAAACCCACUAUUAGAAUUUUAAGAGUAUCUAUUAUUAUCAUGAACAGUCAUAAAUAUCAGCUGCUAGUCUUGCGGCUCUACCUUAUGAAUUUAUUAAGCUUUCUUCUGAAGGUUUAUUCAAGAAUCGUUUCUACUUUUCUUUACGUUAUAUUGGGUUUCAAUUUAAAUACUUCAGGUACAUGCACUUGAGUGUGAAAGGGAUUGAUAAGGAUCAUGGGAGGAUAAAGAACACCCACUCAAUGGAGGAUAUUAUGAACCAAAAAGAAUAUGUGGUUCCAUUAUUGUGUUUAACAUUGGAUGUUUAGCUUUCUUUUAUGAUCACUUGACUCCUUUAGUUUCAGUCUUCACUCCCGUAUGGAAAAGUUGUUUUCUAUUAUUUUUGCUACUUUUAUUCUGAAUUUUAGGUACUACUACCUAGUCUGAAACUUAGAUAACUCUUCAUGUAUAAGUCUCUAUAGAGAAAUCCAACAAAAAGUGCCUUCCUAAAUAGCUGUGUGCCUUUGCAGAUUUGAUACAAGUAAUUUUUUUCCUUUUUACUAACGUAUUUUCUAACAUUUUAAUAUGAAUAGGAUAAGCUAGUUUGUUCUUCUUUAUGCCUUGAACAAUUUUAUACUGUAGAACUUCUAAGUCACAUUGAAGUGGAUAUCGGAUGUAAAUAUCUGUUUCUUACAUUUAUAAACCAAGUAGGUGAAUUUUAGUCUAGAAGUUUAAGGUGUAUCCCCUCGGGCGAAAGGUAGGUACACAACUUUGUUAAUUGUCGAACAUACCUUUUGUGUAUUUGUUGGGAAAGUUCCUUAAUCUAAGUCACUAUCCAUCACAAAACUUCAAGCUCAUACCUUUUUCUUUUUAUAUAUAUAUAUAUAUAUAUAUAUAUAUUCUUUUCACAUGGGAUAAUUUUUUGCAGUAGUAAUAUGCAACCUAAUUUUCAAAUUACUGGCAAUCUCUCUAUUUUUCAUUCAUUGUUUGUUAGGGGGAAGAAGGGGAGGAAUAAGUAGUUAAAAUAAAGAACGAACAGAGGAGAAGGAAAUCAUUACUGUUUAAGUUAUCUCUGCAUAAUUGGAAUUUUCAUUCGAUAUCAAUACCUCCAACUGUUGGAUUUUCUAUGUACCUCUCUGAGGUCUUGUUACCACGGCAUGUUAACCUGUGUAAUUUGUUGCUGCAAAAAAAGUCAUAGCGACAAAUAUUGACUUAAUAACUAUUAAUUGCUGUCCUUAGAGUAACUGAGAAAAAAAAGAAGUGAUAGCUAAUUGUGCGGCAUUUUGUUGUUCACUGAUCGUUUUUGUUUACAUUUGGUCAGCAUUAAUAAUCGUUAAAUUUCAUCCUGUAUCUACAUAUUUUGUUUGAUUGUUACUUGUGCUUAUGUCUCAAGGACAAGAGGGCCCUGCCUUGUGGAAAUGGUAACCGCAAAAAAUCGCCAAAGUUUCUCUCAUGCUAUUUUGCACUGUGUCCUCUGAUGACUGCCUGUGGAGACAAGGCCUCAGAUAUUAACUUUUACAACAUAGACUUUCUUUUGUCGUCCUUGUAACCUCCCUGAGAGAGAAAAAAUCAGAUGUCUCUAUGUUGAGCUGAUCAUAGCAGUAUUAGUCAACCAAUGCCUUUAAAGCCCUCAUUUCUUUCAUUUUUUUGAAGUUAAAAGAUGGAUAAUAAUGACGGUGUAGCCUUUUGUGCCUUCUCUCUCAAGCAAUUAGAAAUUCUCUCAACAAAUGCUAUAGUUGAUUAUUUUCAGUUGUAUGAAAACCAGCACAUCUCUAUCUCUGAGUUUGUACCAUCAGCUAACAUUCGUCUUAUGUUUUCUGUACUUAAGAAAGAGUGUAAACUUUGAGUUGUCAUCACAACACACGUUUAGUUCAGUCCUUCGCAAGUACAGGAAAAAAAAUUAAAACUUAAUCAAAGAGUAAUUGUUAAUUCUUGCUGACUAUGAAACAUUUAUCUCUCCCCAUAAGUAGAUAUGAAAGCACUAUCUCAGAAACUGAAUCAUUGCAAUAGGAUGAUUUUUUAUUAAUAAUCUCAGUGAUUGAACGAGAGAAACAUGGUGCAGCUGUGAUUGAUUCGUGAGCAUGUUUUUUCAUGUUAAGUUGAGUUUAUCGUUAUUGGUAUCAGCCUGACUGCUGAGUACCUAAGAAGGUAAAUAUCAUUGUUGUGUAGUUCUGGAAUUCCGUCUUAUAGUCUUAUCAGGCAGGUUGGACUGAACCAUUGUGAUUGGGUGUGUUUUGCUAUUAUACAUGUGAGAGCCCAAUGCACUUUUGGUGCCACUAAGUCGAAAAUUUUUAAGUGACUGAUUGUUACAUUUUAGAUUUAUGGCACACUAUUCGAAAGUGCUCUGAGUGUGCACUGACCAGGGAUUUGGCUUGGGACAAUAGAAGACUGUAGGAUGUUUAAAUAAAACUUUCCGAAAUUAAAAACGUAAUUAAAGAUACUUUGUGAGUUGGAGAACCGAUUUCAUCAGCUGUGUAAGAAAA